UUUCUCGCUGUCGGUCUUUGUUGCUAUCGCCGGUUUUGUUCCUAAAAAACGAGAAAAAUAAUCAACAUUUCAGUGGACAAUCGUUCUUAUCGUAUAACAACGAUGGAUGAAAGGCUGUAUGGAUCUUUGCCUCAUGCCCCCUCGGAAUACCUCCAACAAUGGGUUCAGUCGGCUCAGCAGCAUCUACAGACGCUUCAGGCUCAGUAUCCUCACAUGGCCAAUGGCAACGCAGGCUUCAUGAUGGAGGGACAGAGAGAAGAUGCAGGCCUGCAGCAGAUGCCUGUACAUCCAGAGGACGGCGCACAACUCCAGCCUGUCGCUGCGCAGACAGCACCUGCUAAAGGAAAGCGAGCAAGGCAGACGAACAAAGAGCCCAAACCCAAAGGCGAACCUAAACCUAGAGCCAAACCCGGACCCAAACCCAAGAAAGCCAAGGAGGAUAAAGAGGCUCCGCCGGCUGAAGGACAGGAGAAGAUCGACGAGACUUUCAAGAAGGUGAAGAGGAAAGUGGACCGCUUUAAGGGCAUGUCAGAGGAGGAAGUGAUGAAGAGAACACUACCUGACAUCCUAAUCCCCAACCUGGACUACGUCAUUAUUGGAAUUAAUCCCGGGUUGAUGGCGGCUUAUAUUGGAAGAUGGUUUCCUGGACCGGGAAAUCACUUUUGGAAGUGUCUGUUCUUGUCUGGAUUCACUGAGAAGCUGCUGAAUCACAUGGAUGAUCAGAGUUUGCCAGAGAAAUACGGCAUCGGCUUCACAAAUAUGGUAGCGAGAGCGACGCCAGGAAGCAAAGACCUCUCUAGCAAGGAGCUUCGAGAAGGCGGUAAAAUCUUAGUGGAGAAAAUCAAACAGUUCAAGCCACUCAUAGCGGUUUUUAAUGGGAAAUGUAUUUAUGAAAUGUUCUGUAGGGAGCUAUUUGGGAAAAAGCCCAAAACACUUGAAUUUGGCCUACAGCCUCACAAAAUUCCAGACUCUGACACGGCGCUGUACCUGAUGCCAUCCUCCAGUGCCCGCUGUGCUCAGUUUCCUCGAGCCCAGGACAAAGUGCACUUCUACAUCAAGCUGCGGGAGCUGCGGGAUCAGCUGAAGGGGGUGAUGAAACAGAAGGAGGUGGAGGAAGUCAACUACACCUUUGACCUCGGCCUGGCUAAAGAGGAUGCCAAGAGGAUCGCCGUCAAGGAAGAGCAAUACGAUCCUGGUUAUGAAGCCGCUUUUGGAGGAGCUUAUGGAGAAGCUGCACCUGAAGGAGGCCAAAGCAAUGGAUUUUGUAACUUCUCUGCAUCCGAGGAGAACGCCAACGCAGCUGACAAGGCUCCUACGAACCCAAGUGCUGUAGGCCAGGUUCAGGACGGCCAGUGGAUGACGCAGUCUUUCGCCGAUCAGAUCCCAGACAUCGGCAGCUCCUCUCAAGCCCAAAACUGGGGUGUAUGAGGACCAAACACCAUGAGGGACUUCAGACGAAGCCUUCCGGUGCUCUUCCAGAGAUACUGUGCCUCCAUUCUUCUCACAAUCGAACCCAGGAGUCUUUAAGAGCGCUGGUGGUUUCCUCCUGCACGCCGCUCUGUUACAUUUUCAUUUGAGGAACGAUUGGAGGAAUCAGUGUCAUGCAAGGUGGCCCGACUUGCACAAGGAGAAUCCAAUGGCUGCUACACUUUUACAGAAACUGUACCUCUGAACUUCAUUUGGAGGCCUUUGAAAUCUCAAAUGCCUCUAUCUUAAAGAAGAGAGCCGUUUUUUGUUUUUUUUUGCAAACGAAUUUCCAGUAGAUCUUUUAGGAAUUAGCAUUUCUAUGGAAUUGGAAUUUAUCUUUUACGUUAAAUGAGCUAUCUACUUUUUAAAACAUAGUAGGCAAAUUUUACAACUCCCCUAGAGGCAAACUGUUGAGUUUUGUCUUUUUUUUCAUUCAGCCGAUCUUCAGGUCCUGCUGGAACACAUUUAGCUUAGCUUAGCAUAGAUCAUUAAAUCAAAUUUGACCAUUAGCAUCCCACACAAAAAAAAAACGAGUUUUAAUAAUUUUCCUAUUUAAAGCUGACUUUAGUAGUUGCAUCAUGUGCUAAGACUGAUGGCAAAUGAAAAGUUCUCGUUUUCUGUAAUGCAUAAUAAUAAUAAUAAUAGUAAUUUAACAUUGAUGCUAAUGGUCUAAUUUGAUUCAAUGAUUUAUUCUAAGCUAAGCUAAAAUUUCUCCUGCCAUACCUAGAGAUUGGCUGAAUUGAUUAAAAAAAUGUUAAAACUCAAAUGUUUAUCUCUAAGGGACUUGUAAAAUGAGCCUAUGUCCCAAAAAAGUAGAGUGUUCUUUUAAUGCUUUAGAGUCAUUGACGUUACUUUUAGUAGUUUAGUAUACAAGGUUCUGAGCACUGGUUUAUUUCAUCGUGAUAUCAGGGAUUGAUACUUGAUUUGUAUUCGUUAUUUUAGGGUGGACCGUAUUUUGUGUAGUAAUAUUUUAAGUACAACUCCAUUUUUUUUAAAGAGCAGAUUUUAAAAUUCUAUAUUGCAAAAUCUGUUUAAACAUUGCUUUGUUAGUACCAAAUGUGACACGUUACAUCUUUUUACAUGUUGGAAGGAGUCUACCAUGAUAUUAGGAAUUUUUACAAUGCCACUGCAAGACAAAGGUACAAUCAAUCGAUUGUAAAUGUGGCUUUCCUUAUGAGGAAGCAUCAACAUCACUGUUUUAAAAAUGUACACGAUCAUCUCUUCACCUUUAAUACUGUAAAAUAAACUACAGUGUGAGCGGUAUACAACAUGAACAUCCCGAUAUAAUUUAUGCAAUUAUCCACAUGCUCUUACUUGCUGGUUUUUUUUUACAUUUUCUGUAAACAUGAUUAUUCUUUUUUUUGUUUAUUAAAAUUCAAUAAUUCUGA